CUACUUCCUGACCUCCUGCUUCAAGUUCAUCGCUUUGUCCUAUCUGAAUCAGCAUAAAAUGGAGAAAUUGCCAGUUCCCUCUUUUCUUCUUCAAGCUAAUCUUUUUUCUCUCUCCAAUUCUCAGCUAACUUAAUAACAAUACAAUUCUUCCGCUCGCUCAAUCUUCUUUCUCUUCAAAAUCUCAAACAAAAACAUGCUCAAACUUUUAUCUCCCAGAAAAUGGAACCCUCUCAAAGCUCACCAUCGCACGCCUUUAAAUUUCUUAGUAUCAUCUCAUAAAUCUCAAUCUCAAUUUGAUUUAUCAUCAUCUGGGUGUUCUUCAGAAUCUUCAAAUUUCUUGAAUUCCCUUUUUUCUCGCACCCAUGAUCGAUUUUUCUCAUGUGGCUACUCGUCAAAUCCUCGAAAUUUGGAAAAUUUAUGCGGAAUUGGAAGUGGGUUUUUGAGAAAUCACAGUUUGGUGCAAUCAAAGAGGGGUUUUUGCAGUGAUUCGGGCCGAGAAUCGAUGGAAUACGACGUCGUUAUAGUGGGGGCUGGGCCUGCUGGGUUAUCUGCUGCUAUACGGUUGAAGCAACUUUGUCUUGAGAAGGAUGUUGAUUUAUCUGUUUGUGUUGUGGAGAAAGGUGCUGAAGUGGGAGCACAUAUAUUAUCUGGAAAUGUCUUUGAGCCUCGAGCAUUGGAUGAGCUCAUUCCGGAAUGGAAGCAUGAACAGGCACCUAUUGAUACUCCUGUUUCUUCUGAUAAGUUUUGGUUCCUUUCAAGGGAUCAUGCAUUGUCGCUUCCAAGUCCAUUUGACAACAAAGGAAACUAUGUUAUAAGGCACCUAAACGUCGUCAUCCUUCCCACGACUCCGUUUAGUUUGAGUCAGCUAGUACGCUGGAUGGCAAUGAAAGCUGAGGAAUUAGGGGUUGAAAUAUAUCCUGGCUUUGCUGCUAGUGAGAUCUUGUACAAUAAGAAUCAUGAAGUUAUUGGUAUAGCGACAAGUGAUAUGGGAAUUUCUAAAGAUGGAUCAAGGAAGGACAAUUUUCAGCGGGGCGUAGAAUUGAAAGGACAAGUUACCCUUCUUUCAGAAGGUUGUCGAGGAUCAUUAUCAGAGAAAAUAAUUAGAGAGUACAAAUUGAGAGACAAGGGAAAAUCACAACAUCAAACUUAUGCUCUGGGGAUUAAAGAGGUAUGGGAAAUUGAUGCCAGUAAACACCAACCUGGUUUUGUGCUUCACACCCUGGGUUGGCCAUUGGAUAACAAGACAUAUGGAGGCUCCUUUCUUUACCACAUGAAAGAUAACUUGGUGUCUAUUGGACUUGUUGUUGCAUUAAACUAUCAAAAUCCUUUUCUGAACCCUUACGAGGAAUUUCAGAAACUCAAACACCAUCCUGCAAUAAAACCAAUGCUUGAAGGUGGCACGGUUAUCCAAUAUGGUGCUCGCACUCUGAAUGAAGGUGGUUUUCAGUCUAUUCCCUAUCCAGUUUUUCCUGGAGGCGCAAUUAUUGGAUGCUCUGCUGGCUUCUUAAACGUACCAAAAAUCAAAGGAACACAUACAGCAAUGAAAUCAGGAAUGCUAGCAGCAGAAUCUGCUUUCGACCUCUUGCAUGAGGGCUUGAAGAUGGAAAGGUAUUGGGACAUGCUACAAACUUCGUGGAUAUGGGAAGAACUGUACGAAGCGAGAAACUACCGGCCUGCUUUUGAAUAUGGACUUGUCCCUGGUUUGGCCUUGAGUGCUCUCGAACAUUACAUACUGAAGGGAAGGUCGCCUUGGACUCUGAAGCAUGGAAAACCAGAUCAUGAAGCAACAGAUGUGGCAAAUUUACAUUCCCCAAUUCAUUAUCCAAAACCUGACGGAGUCGUCUCCUUUGACGUCCCAACUUCACUAUACAGGAGCAACACCAACCAUGACCACGAUCAACCUGCUCAUCUUCGCUUGAAGGAUCCCCUGGUCCCUGAACAGGUGAAUUUGCCUGAGUAUGCUGGUCCUGAGUCACGAUAUUGCCCAGCACGUGUAUACGAGUACCUUCCUGAUGACGUUGGUGACAUGAAGCUGCAAAUUAAUGCCCAAAAUUGUCUCCACUGCAAGGCAUGUGAUAUCAAAGACCCGAAGCAGAACAUCGAGUGGACAGUACCAGAAGGUGGUGGCGGCCCAGGCUACUCUGUUAUGUAGGAUGAUCAGAUGUUGAUAUUUCUCACUUGUCCUUUGCAGACUGCUUCGAAUAAAAAUACGCCAUUCUUCUGUCAGCAAUGAUGUAAAUAGUAGACUGUAAUCUGGAUGUUCCAUGUUUAAGUUUUAUCAGCUUGCAAGGUUUCCUUUAAUGUAAAGGAAAAAAUACCCUCUUUCUAAUUCAAUACUCUUUUAUAUGUAAAACCCUGCUGGUAAAAAAAACUUUAGUCUACAA